AUGAUGGUGGCGGCGACUCCGCGAACCAACCGCGUGAAACAACGACUGGCACAAGCAGCAGCCACUCCUCGACGUGUCCGAGAAGACACCGGUCGACAAAUGACACCCCGUGAUAUCCUCAGAGCUCUAUCACGCGUGAUGGUGCGUGAGAAACAGGCCAUAGAUGAGGAGGAUCGGAUAGCUGGCUCAGGGAGUAAGGAACGAGAGACUGAAGAGUCACAAGAUGCUUCGCCGACUUCUGCCCGAUCUCGACUAUCCGGCCGACUGUCGGAACGGCUUUCAGGUCGUCUUUCAGACGCCACAGGCAUGAUGGGACAACUCAGUAUGGGUUCUCCUACACCUGAUGGAGCUGUGGGAGUAGGAGAUGUGUCCAUGAUGUCUGCUCGUUCUGUGGAGUUGCACAGACGGGUCAGUGUCAUGUCUCGACUGUCUAAUGCGACGCGUAUCAGUGACAUCUUCCACACUACCAAUAGUGCUGAAGAGGAGGUGGAUGGUGGCCAGACGCCAAUAUCCCUGACGCCAUUCAAGCAAGGCGAGAUGCUUCCCGAGAUGGAUCUGGAGUUUGGAGAAGAGAUUGGUAAUGAUAUGGCUGCAAGCAGCGACGAGGACUUUGGAGGAGCAGUCAUGGACUACGAUGGACCAGAAGAUGAGGGGGGAGAAGAGAAUAAUGAACCUGUUUCUGAUGCUGAGGCUCCGUUCUCACCACCACCAGAGGGUUUUGUUUCGGAUGACGUGGUUGAUGAUGUAGUGGACGAGGUUGUCGAUGUAGUGGACGAGGUUGUCGAUGAAGAGAUGGCACUCAGUCAGCCAGUCGAGACCAUGCCAGAUGUCAAUAUCGAACUCGACUCGCCUGAAGAAGAUCCUGUGCCACAAGACGAUCCCAUUCUGUUUUCUGACGAAGAAGUGCCUACCCAACCUACAAAGAAGCCUGCUGCCCGCAGACCAAGGAGGAAACGUGCUACAGCAGACCUGCCCCCUUCUAUCCUCCCUCGUCCCUUCUUGAAAUCAUUGGUGGCCUCUAUCACCGGAGACAAUGUGGAUAAGAGCGUCAUUGAAGAGCUAGUCACCUCCUCAGAAAUGUUCUUCGACCAGGCCGCAGAUGACCUAGCAGCUUAUACAGACCAUUGCAAGAGGAAGACAGUGGAACCAAAAGAUGUGACACAAUUGAUGAGACGACAGAGGCUCAUUAACAACUCUUCUGAUGUGCUCCCUCUAGCCCAGAGACAUCUUCCGGCCGAAUUGAUAGCAGAGCUUUCAGAUGUCUUCACUAUCAGAGCUCCUAAACGAAAAUCGAAGAAGACCAAGGAGGCCGAGGAGGAAGAAGAGGUUGAAGAAGAAACAAUCGGAGAGAUCACCGAGGACCACAUAUAA